AUGGCCACCCGCCGCAUCGUCUCGACCGAAAAGUCAAUUCUUGAGAAAGAUGACAACAUCGGCUCUAGUCCCGCCGCCAACGAAAAGUCCAACAUCUCACCGGCCGUGCCCGCUCAUGUGAUUCUAAAGCUUCUAGCUUUCACACUUGCCAUGAUCGUGGUUCCUAUCGGAUCCUACUAUGUUACAGUGAACACACUAUUCAGAGGCACGUGCAAUUCGACGUAUGCAGGAGCAUUGGCUGCAAUUAUGGCAAAUGUGGUACUCAUUGGCUAUGUCAUCGUGGCUUAUACCGAAGAUCAGUCGGACCAGCUGGAGGAGGAGAAGAAAGAGAACAAGAAACAACGUUGA